AUGACUUCGAAACUUUCGUCCGUGCUUUUUCCUGGGGGUGAUGCCGAUAAGAAUGACAACAAGCCUGCUCAGUCGGAUAGCGACAAAAGCAACGUCCGUUUCGCUGCACAAGAUGAGCAGAUUGAGCCUAUCACAGACCUCACCGACUCUGGCGACACCAGACCAGAGGACUUAUCGCCUCAAGCACAUGAGCAAAUUAGACACUUAGCCAUGACUCUGCAGAAGUCGCGGUUGCAAGAAAACAGAAUGGCAAAUUUCGCAUACGAGCCUGUCUCAAUGCCACCUUCAAGAGUUCCAUCUAGGGAAAGCGAUGCGCCCCCAGGUAGCCCAAGAGGAUCAGUCUCUCGUGGCCAGCAUGGCUCCAUCUCAGGCGCCGUACAGUCGCCCCCUCUGACACCCGCUGGCUCGAAAGACGACCGCACAGAAUCAAGUGCAAACCAAACCUCUACUAGACCAACAUCUGGAUCCGAGCCUUCGACAUCACAUACGGAUAAAAAGCACGUCCCCAGAUUCGAAAUCGGACCGUCAGACUCACAAACUUCACUCAGCCAGAGUCCCGUGCAGUCGCCGGGCUCGAGGCCGGGCUCACGGCCAUCGUCGCCCGCCCCGGGCAAACAGGAGCCACGCCAUUUCGGCAGCACAGGCAGAAAUUCCAUCGCACCCGCCAUCGCAGCUGCCGCUGAGAAGCUUCCAAAACCCCACGAUUCUUCCGACAAGCGAGGCUCGAUAUUUGGUGGAUCCAAGAAAGACGGCCUCGGGCAUCUCAAAGACGAGAGCACGACAAGCUUGGGGGGCGAUAAGAAGCACGGCUCCAUGUCAGAGCUGAAGCGCUUCUUCCGUCUUGGUCACAAGGAUAAGCACAAGCACAGCCCUCAGACUGAGUCACCUGCCGCUUCGCAGACAUCAACGCGCCGGUCCGUGGCCUCGAGUAAAGGCGUUGGGUCUGGUACCAAGACCCCUCCCCAUCAAGCACCACCAGCGAAUGUUCCCUUCGCAGAUGAGCACGGUCUGGAAGCGAAAUAUGGCAAGUUUGGCAAAGUUCUGGGAUCGGGCGCCGGUGGCUCAGUGAGACUACUAAAACGCAGCAGUGAUGGUGUCACCUUCGCUGUCAAGCAGUUCCGAGAAAAGCACUCCUGGGAGAGCGAGAAGGAUUAUUCUAAGAAGGUUACAGCAGAGUUUUGCAUAGGGUCGACCCUACACCACGGCAACAUCAUCGAAACCAUGGACAUCAUCCAGGAAGGAAGCCGGUGGUACGAGGUCAUGGAGUAUGCGCCUUAUGAUCUAUUCGCGACAGUCAUGACCGGAAAGAUGACCAGGGAAGAAAUCGCUUGUUCAUUCUUGCAGAUCGUUAGUGGCGUCAGUUAUCUGCACUCUAUGGGGUUGGCGCAUCGGGAUCUGAAGCUGGACAACGUGGUGGUCAGCGAACACGGCAUCAUGAAGAUCAUCGACUUUGGGAGUGCGACAGUAUUUCGGUAUCCAUUCGAAGAGGACAUAGUGCUGGCUUCCGGUAUUGUCGGAUCCGAUCCGUACCUAGCCCCCGAGGUUUACGACGAGCGAAAGUACGACCCAACAGCUACCGACAUCUGGUCGUUGGCGAUCAUUUUCUGCUGCAUGACACUGCGUAGAUUUCCCUGGAAACAGCCGCGCAUCGUCGACAACUCGUACAAGCUGUUCGUUUCUCCGCCGACCCCAGGAACGCCGGUACCAGACUCGAAACCAAGACGAGCGUCCGAAAUGCCUUCUGCCAACGCUGUUCAAGACGACCAUCGCAGACAGUCUGAGCCUCAGACCAAUCACCACCAUCACCACGAUCACUCCUCUGAGCAGGGAUCAGAAAGUCGUUCUGGUGACAAACAGGAAGUCAUCAAGGGUCCAUGGCGACUCCUUCGGAUACUGCCUCGAGAAAGCCGACACAUCAUCGGCCGGAUGCUCAAAGUCGACCCCGCCGAGCGAGCAAGUAUGGACGAGGUUCUUGAGGAUGAAUGGGUACUUGGAUCAAGAGUCUGCUCACAGGAAAUGAAUGGACAAGUCCAUCGUGCUGAAGGGCAUAGUCACACCCUCGAAGCUGGUUCAGGUGGGGCUCCUCCGGCAAAGGUCUGA